AUGGCUCUCCAUGAAGCCAAUGGACAGGUCGACGAGGCAGCUAGCCUACCAGCAACUCCAAUCCCUCCUUCAGAACUAGAUUUCUCCACAUCCGCCCCCUCAUUCCUUGAGAAGUCGUCCGAAGACGUGCCUUACUCUGUAAAAAAUGAACAAUCCCGUCAAGAUGAAGGAAUCAAGGAUCGCCAACUUGGUGUCAUGUUUAAGGACUUGCGUGUCGUUGGUGCAGGUUCUGGUACUUCGCUCCAGCCCACCGUGAGCUCACCUUUCAAACCUUCAACCCUUCUGGCCAAGAUCAGGGGAAUUCGCCAUCCCUCGAUCAGAAACAUCUUGUCCGGGUUCGAGGGUGUAGUCGCUCCUGGCGAAAUGCUGUUGGUUCUUGGCCGUCCCGGCGCCGGGUGCUCGACCUUCCUCAAGACGCUCGCCAACCAACGUGGGGAGUAUCAUGCCGUCGAAGGUCAAAUUUUCUAUGAUUCAUUCACCCCAGAGGAGAUACAUGACUCCUUCCGUGGCGAUGUCACUUAUUGUCCGGAGGAUGAUGUCCACUUCCCGACGAUGACCGUCGAACAGACGCUCUCCUUCGCUGUUAGAAACCGUACUCCCGAAACUCGUCUUUCCGGCCAGACACGCGAGAACUAUGUUGAGGAUACCACCGAGAUGCUAAUGAAAGUCUUUGGCCUCUAUCGUUCGAAAGAUACCAUAGUUGGCAAUGCUCAGAUCCAAGGUGUUUCCGGUGGCGAGAGAAAGCGAGUUUCUAUCGCAGAGACUUUAGGCUCUGCAGGCUCACUUGGUGCAUGGGAUAAUUCCACUCGUGGAUUAGACUCCUCGACUGCCCUUGAGUUUGUUCGCACAAUGCGUUCCAUCACAGACAUCAAACGCACAACGACGAUUGUCUCCCUCUACCAGGCGGGCGAAUCGUUAUACGAUCUAUUUGAUAAAGUAUGUGUGAUCGCGGAAGGGAAGAUGGCCUAUUUCGGUCCGGGGAAGUCAGCCAAAGAUUACUUCAUUGGUAUGGGUUUCGAACCACAAAACAGGCAAACUACCCCCGACUUCCUGGUUGCAGUUACGGACCCCAACGGGAGGAAAAUCCGCCCUGGACAUGAGAGCUCUGUCCCACGAACGUCGGAGGAACUUGCUAGUCGGUUCAUAGCUUCUGACCUUGGUCGUCAGAAUCAGAAAGCCAUUGAACAGCGCCGCGAGCAAUGCGUUGGCAAUCACGAAUCCAAGCAGGCAUAUCUGUCCAGUGUGGCCGCUGAACAUGCCAAUACAUCUACUCCUUACAUGACUUCUAUCCUUCAGCAAGUCAAAGUGGUCAUGAAGCGCCGCGUGCAAGUUAUUGUUGGUGACAAGUUCGAGUUCUUUAUACGAUUGGCAUCCCAGGUCUUCCAAGCGUUAAUUAUGGGCACCGUCUUUCUGAACGUGCCAAAUGACACCUCGGCCUAUUUCUCCCGUGAAGGUGUUCUGUUCUUUUCCCUCUUCUUCAAUGCUAUCACAUCUGUUGCAGAAAUCCCUUCGCUGUUCUUCCAGCGUCCUAUCGUGCUUCGUCACCAGAAAGCCGCGUUACAUCAUCCUUUUAUUCAGAGCCUCGCCCAUACUAUCGUUGAUAUUCCGGUCACUUUGAUCGUUCAACUGGUGUUCGCUGUGGUACUCUACUUCCUGGUUGGGUUGCAACAUUCUGCCGCACAGUUCUUCAUUUUUUACCUGUUUAUCUUUUUAAUGUCGCAAACCAUGAAGUCAUUCUUCAGAGCUAUCGCUGCAAGCUUUAAAACUCGUCCUAGCGCAAUAGCUCUGAGCGGUAUCUUCGUUCUCUUGAUAUCGCUCUACGGUGGGUACACAAUUCCUUGGCCAACUGCACCGAAAGGCUUGCGGUGGAUCAUGUGGUUGAACCCAUUGUGGUGGGCGUUCGGUGGACUUGUUGUGAACGAGUUCAACACGAUCAACGGAGUGUGCUCCACUCUUGUCCCUCAGGGUCCCGGUUACGAGAAUGUUUCGCUUGCAAACCAAGUUUGCACGACUGUCGGAUCGCAGCCCGGGCAGCUUCUUGUUGAUGGCAACAUCUAUGUUGCAUUGACGUUUGACUUUUGGUAUAGUCAACUUUGGAGGAACUUUGCCGUCCUUUGUGCUUUCUACGUUGGAUUCUUGGCCAUUUUCCUAGUUGCUACAGAACUCAACACUUCGUCUGCUUUCGAUACUGCCGUCGUUCUCUUCAAACAGGGUUCUACUGUCGUCGAUGAGAAAGCUAAGGUUCUUGAUGAGGAAAAGGCAGAUGCAGAAUUUCAUUCUAGAUCCCACUCCGAUGCAGCUGAUCCCUCGGCUUUCAACGAUGUGGAGAAGAACGCCGCGGUUACGGACCUCUUCACGUGGCAACACCUUCAGUAUGACGUCCCCACUGAGGGAGGGAUGAAACGCCUUCUCGAUGACGUCACGGGCUUUGUUGCCCCUGGGAAGCUCACGGCGCUAAUGGGUGAAUCUGGCGCUGGAAAGACAACGCUCUUGAAUGUUCUUGCACAACGUCACGGUGUCGGUGUGGUAACUGGCGAGCGAUUCUUUAGCGGACAACCGCUCCCCGUAGAUUUCCAGGCUCAAACUGGUUACUGCCAACAACUCGACACCCAUCUUCCUGAGGCGACUGUUCGUGAAGCGCUCCUUUUCUCUGCUAAUCUUCGCCAGCCACAGUCGGUUCCUCUCGCCGAAAAGGAAGCAUACGUUGACAAGUGUCUUCAAAUGUGUGGUCUAGAGGAGUAUGCCGACGCUAUUGUUGGGUCCCUCGGGGUUGAGUGCCGUAAACGUACCACCAUCGCAGUGGAGCUUGCUGCCAAGCCCAAACUUCUACUCUUCUUGGAUGAGCCUACGUCCGGCCUAGACUCGCAAUCUGCCUGGGCUAUUGUGCAUGUCCUUCGUGAGCUUGCUGAUCGUGGUCAGGCUAUUCUCUGCACAAUCCAUCAACCUUCGGGAGAGCUCUUCCAGGUCUUUGACAGGUUGCUGCUCCUUCGCAAGGGUGGACAGACCGUCUACUUUGGCGAUACUGGCGAGAACUCGUCGACUAUGCUGAACUACUUUGAGCGUAAUGGUGCUCCACGCUGUGGCUCCGAUGACAACCCGGCGGAAUACAUGCUUGAUGUAAUCGGUGCUGGGGCAACUGCGGUCUCCACUACUGAUUGGUACGAUGUCUGGAAACGUUCACCAGAAGCGGCGCAGCUUCAAGAGCAGAUCGACAACUUGCAUGAACAUGGUCGUACUCACCCACCACAGCUGAGCGUCCGGCACUCUGUCUUCACUACCUCAUGGUGGCACCAGUUCGUUACGCUCACCCACCGAAACUUCCAAGCAUACUGGCGCAAUCCUACGUAUAUCCGCGCUAAAUUUUCAAACGAUUCUUUGCAGGGCACUCAAAACAAGCUGUUCUCAAUCUUCCUCGCUCUUGUGCUUUGUGUUCCCCUCACCCAUCAGAUCAUGGCCGUCUACAUUGACAUUCGCACAGUGUACGAGAUACGCGAACGUCCUAGUAGAAUGUACAACUGGACUGCUCUCGUCAUGUCACAGCUUGUCGCCGAGCUUCCCUGGAACGUGACAGGUUCUGCGAUGUUCUUUUUCUGCUGGUACUGGACCGUUGGAUUCCCCACAGGCCGGGCAGGCUACACGUUCCUCAUUCUCGCCAUCGCCUUCCCGUUGUACUAUACUACGUUUGGACAUGGUAUCGCGUCCAUGUCGCCCACCGCUCCAGUUGCAUCCAUAUACUUCACAACUCUCAUUAUAUUUAUCCUGAUCUUCGACGGCGUCAUCCAGCCGUUCUUCGAGCUUAAUUGGUGGAGAUGGAUGUACAGGGUCUCUCCUCUCACGUACAUCAUCGAGGGCCUCCUUGGUCAAGCUAUUGGCAGUGCAGCUGUUGUCUGCUCCUCCACGGAACUAGUCUCCGUCAACCCGCCAAAGGGUCUGACGUGCAGCAAGUACAUGGAUCCCUUCAUCAAAUUCGCUGGUGGCUACCUCACGAAUCCCGAAGCUGCAGAGGCCUGCCAGUACUGUCCCUACAAGACCGCGGACCAGUAUAUGUACUCGAGGUUCAACAUUAAAUACAGUGAUCACUGGCGCAACCUGGGCAUUAUCUUCGGAUUCGUCGCGUUUAACAUUAUUGCGAUUUUCUGGCUCACGUAUUUCAUGCGCAUUCGCACCGUCAGCGUGUUUACUUCUCUCAAGCAGAAGUUGACUCGUGGCAGAUGA